GACCCUAUUAUUUGUGCUCGAGGGAACCUUCUCUCUAAUUUCAAUACUUUUCACAGACUUAAUCACAAACUUUGCAAUCAUCUUCUUUGUUUACACAGAUCAGAAUCUCCACUUAAUUCGUUGGGAAUUCGAAGAUCAAGAGUUUCGAACAUUGAGGAAGCAAUUCCUUGACACAUGGAUGACCAUUUAUCCCCUCCAUACGUUAGGUUUGACUUCUUGCUUGAGCCUCCAUUCUCAUCCGCCAAGCUUCUUCAGCCAAACGAUUCUCUUCCACGUGAAGAAAACCCUAGCGUUCCUGGCGAGGCAGCCAAGGAAAAACCCCUGGAAACUAAUUCUUCCAAAGGAGUUGACGAUGAGGAGAUCGGAUCAAGCAUGAAAAGGGAGCCUCAAAAGGAGAACCAGUACAUAGGGGUGAGGAAGAGGCCAUGGGGGAAGUAUGCAGCCGAGAUAAGAGAUUCAACAAGGAAUGGGGUUCGAGUUUGGCUCGGAACAUUUACCACGGCAGAAGAGGCUGCUUUGGCUUAUGACCAAGCUGCUUUCGUGAUGCGAGGCCAAUUCGCUCGCCUCAACUUCUCGACAGACAGAGUGAAGGAGUCGCUUGUCAACAUCAAGUGCAGCUACGAGGAUGGAUCUUCCCCGGCUGCAGCCAUCAAGGAGAGAAACAAGAAGAGGACGAGGUUGCUGAAAGGAGGUUGGAGUGAAGACAGAAACUAUGUUGGUUUUUGAGGACCUUGGAGCUGAUUUAUUGGAUGAACUCCUAGGCUCAUCGUCAGAUAGCAUUAAUAUCGCUGGUACACAUUGAUUUGCAUCAUCUUCUUUGUCUGUUACUAUGCGCUUUCAUUGCUUUCUAAUGGACAAGUAGAUAUUACUGUGAAAUCUCAUGCGCACUUCAAAAUCUUUACUUUUCAAACAUUUCACUGUAUCUCAGUGACAAAAAAGGAAAAUAAAUACUAGUUGUGUUGAUUUAACAAAUUAACUUAUAAUCUGCAAAUUACGUCUAUCUCUUUCUUUCUUUUGGUGGAUAAAUAAAACACCAUUCAGAAAGCUGAAGGACGCUACAGCUUCAUUCUUCCCCAUCUGU